UGAGUAUCGCAGCUUCACUACUUCCCGUGCAAAUGUCGCUGCACGAACAAACUUGUCUUACAUGGUGUCCACCACUUUCAUAGUCCGUCUCUGGACUGCCCUCCUUCUGUCGGUCUUGUGCAUCGGUGCCAACGCCGCCGCAUUCCCAGACGCCGGCGAAAAAAAUCGCCCCGAGAAGACGCAGCACAACCCUCUCCCCAUCCCCACGCACGCUCCCAAGAAGUGGGUUCACCCCGGCGUCUAUGUCCACCAGCAACAACUAGAUUACGUCUCGCACAAGGUAGCCAAAGGCGACCAGCCAUGGACCGAAGCCUUCGAUUCCAUGUUGAAGUACAACUACUCUUCCCCGACGCGUACCGCACAGCCCUACAAAGUUGUCCAAUGCGGCCCCACGUCCACGCCUAACAUCGGCUGCUACCAGGAGCGCGAGGACUCCAUGGCAGCGUAUAUGAAUGCGCUGGCCUACUCGGUUACAAAGAAGAAGCCAUACGCAGAUAAGGCGAUCCAUUACAUGGAUUCAUGGUCUAGUACCAUUGAGGGUCAUAAUAACUCCAAUGCGCCCCUCCAAGCAGCCUGGUCUGCUGCGAACUGGGUCCGCGCGGGAGAGAUAAUGCGGUAUUCCAAGGGCGGGUGGACGUCGAAGGGUAUCAAAGCCUUUGAAAGCAUGCUGCGCAACGCAUACCUCCCUAUCAUCGCUGAUGGCGACAUCAAAAAUAACGGAAACUGGGACCUGGUGAUGAUGGAGGCCUCUAUCGGCGCCGCUGUCUUCCUCGAAGAUCGCGCCCUCUACACAGCCUCAAUGUCCAAGUUUGCGGGCCGCGUCCCUGCUUACAUCUAUCUAACAAGCGACGGUCCGCUGCCUGUCCAAGGUCGCGGCCUUAACACGACAAAAGACGCAAUCAUCAAGUACUGGUUCAAACAGGCGACAUUCCCUGUCAGUGGCAUCACGCAGGAGACGUGUCGCGAUUUUGCGCACGUGAGUUAUGGGAUCGCAUCCAUGGCCCAUGUAGCCGAGACGUCGAGGAUUCAGGGUGAGGAUCUGUGGAAGACGGAGUUAGGAACGCGGGUCGGCGCGGCGCUGGAGUUGCAUGCGCCGUUUGAGACGGGGGAUAAGGAAAUUCCACAGUGGUUGUGUAAUGGCACUAUUGGGAGGUCAUUGGAUCCUGUUCUCGAUACGCCGUAUAAUGCCCUUGCGAACCGAAUGCACCAGAGCAUGCCGUUCACGAAGAAACUUAUGUUGAGGCAGAGGCCAGCUGAGAUCGGGGAGCCAAACCCGCUGUUCAUCGGGUUCGAGACUCUGACGAAUGCGGAUAUCCCAUUCUGAGCAGGGUGAGAAAGGUAGAUACGGCUAAAGUAAGAAAAUGAUGUAAAAUGCUAGAUAUCUACUUUAACACUCCAUAACUUCUGUCUGCAACAUCAAGGCUGAAGUGAAAACUGUACGAGAAUUAAGGCUAAUUCCCCG